AUGGCAUUUGUUCUCACCGUCCUCCUCCUCGAGCUCCCCGCGCCCGGACCCUCCAUCUCCGUCAGCCCCAGCAGGGUGAUUGCCCCGGGGGGAGCCGUCACCAUCCGCUGUCAGUGUCGGUGUGAGGCCAGGAGGUUAUUUCUGUAUAAAGAUGGAACUGAAAUCCAGGAGCUGGAUGCUGCUGGGGACGGAGGCGAAUUUAUCAUCCCCAGCGCCAGACGGGAAGACGGAGGGGUCUACAGGUGCCGAUCUCGUUCCACAUUGGAGCCGCCCAACUGGUCAGAUCCCAGUGACAUUGUGCGGAUCAUUGUAGUAGAGCCCAGCUACCCCAAACCCUCCAUCUCCCUGCGCCCCAGUGGGGGGGUCUCUCUGGGGGGAGCCGUGACCGUCCGGUGUUGGGGUCGGCACCAGAACAUGAGGUUCCUUCUGUACAAAGAUGGAAACCCGACCGUGCUGCAGGACGUGGAGCCGGCUGGGGACCUGGCUGAGUUUCCCAUUCGCAACGUGAGCCGGAGAGACGCAGGGAGCUACAGCUGCUAUUAUCACGACAAAUGCUGGGCCCCAGAAGCCGGAUUCCUGCCCGCCCCCCCCAUGGAGCUGGAGGGAGAAGCAGCCCCCCCAGGGCACCCGGAUUUCACCUACGCCAACAUCGCCCGCCUGGUGCUGAGCACCAUGGUCCUGUUUGUCCUGGGGCUGAUCCUGUCUGAUGCCUAUUACAGCCACCUGAGGGGAGCACCUAGGAGCCUGGAUAACAGAAACAUGGUGGAAUAG